AUGUAUACGGGGGGAACAUUAGGGUUUGCUAGAGACACUGCGGAAAAAGUGGUUCAUCGACUACUGCAUGACAGCGGGGCAUUUACAGCAACGGAAACGAGGCUGCUGCGGCCGUGCCAAACGAAACGUCUAGCUCUCGUUGGGGCGCAGUCAGGCGAUGCUGGUAGCGAUGAUAUCUCCCCAGUGGCACGCCUGCAAAGGAUUGUGCGUGAUGAGUACGCGGUGCGUGUGUUGGAUGUGGUUGCACGGCGGAGACGCACCGCUUACAGCAGCCCUGUUGAAGCGUUGGCAGCUCUUCCUGUUAUUGCAGAGGUGAUGCGGCGUGAAUUGGGGUGGACGACGGAGCGAACGCAAACGGAGUUGGAUUUGGCACGGACCUUCAUCAGUAGCAUCAGCGUAGCGUGA